AUGGAAGCCACGGCGGUGAGCUUGGCGAGGUCCGUCUUGGACGGCGUGCUGAGCAGCGCUGGCAACGCCGUUGCCGACGAGGUCGCGCGUCUCCUUGGCGUGCCGAGGGAGGUGGAGUUCAUCCGCAACGAGCUGGAGAUGAUGCAAUCCUUCCUGAGGGUGGCCUCGGCGCGCCCUGACGCAGCGGCGCGCAACGACACGGUGCGAACAUGGGUGAAGCAGGUCCGCGACCUAGCUUACGACGUCGAGGACUGCCUCUUCGACUUCGCUCUCUACUCCACCACAGCCGCUUCCUCCUGGUCGAGGUGGCUCCCGGAUUCCCUCGCCGCGCGCCACAGCAUCGCCCAGCGGAUCCGUGACCUCAAGCACAGCGUAGAGGAGCUCAACAAGCGCAACCUGCGCUACCACGUCAUCGCUGACCCGCGGCCGGGCGCCGCCGACGCGGACGUGGUCCAGAUCCAGCUCCCCCCUUACCACGACGUGCUGUCGGCCACCGAGCUGGCGUUCCAGGAGUGGGAGAUCAUCGGGCGGAGUAGUGAGAAAGAAAAGCUGGUCAAGGAACUCAUGUCCGGCGGAGACGGCAGUGCGCUGGCCGUGGUGUCGGUGUGGGGGAUGGGCGGCAUGGGCAAGUCGUCGCUGGUGAGCAUGGCGCGCACCGACCCGGAGCUCCUCGACGCCUACGACUGCAGCGCAUGGGUGACUGUGCCGCACCCGCUCGACAACACCGACGAGUUCAUGCGGCGGCUGAGGAAGCAGCUCGGGCUCGGAGCGGCGGCGCACGACGAAGACGACGACGACGACGACAUCAAGGAGCACCUCAAAGAAAAGCGCUACUUGAUCGUAGUCGAUGACCUGCUAAAGAGGGAUGAGUGGGAUCAGGUACGGCCCAAACUGUUUAAUUUUCAGAACGCCAAGGGAAGCCGUGUCAUCGUCACCACGCGGCGGAAGGACGUCGCCCUGUACUGCGCCGGGGAGGUGCACGACCAUGUCUACGAGCUCAAGCCACUUGGGGAUAAGGAGUCCAGGAAUCUCCUAUGCAAGAAGGUCUACAAAACAACUAAGUGUAGUUUGCCUGUCGAACUGGAGGAGGAAACAAAAUGUAUUUUAGAGAGAUGUCGGGGCCUUCCUCUUGCCAUAUCGACAAUAGGAGGUCUUCUAGCCAACAGGCCCAAGACAAGCAUGGAAUGGAUGAAGCUGCACGAACACUUCGGAGCAGAGCUGGAGUCUGAUCUCCGAAACAUCACAAAUGUGAUUGUCUCAAGUUAUGAUGGCUUGCCGUAUCACUUGAAAUCAAUCUUCUUGUAUCUCUGUAUCUUCCCUCAAAAUUGUGAUAUCAGAUGCAAUCGCUUGUUGAGGCGCUGGAUGGCAGAGGGCUACAUAGCAAAGAACCGCGAUAUGCCAGUGGAGGAAGUAGCAGAGCGUUUCUACAAUGAGCUUAUGAAUAGAAGCAUGAUCCAACCUUCUAAGAAGAAGAAGAUUAUACCUAGCUUCGGAGUUGGUCAUAGUACGAUUCAUAGCAUGCUGCUGCAGAUCAUCCUGCCCAAGGCCAUUGAGGAAAACCAACUAUUUCUCAUCGAGAAGCAAUGCAAUGGGGUUCCACAAAGCAAGAUACGCCACUUGGUAGUGUCCAGAUGGAACAAGGAGAAGAAGCUAGAAAAUAUAAACCUGUCCUACAUUCGAUCACUGACGGUUUUUGGUGACUGCCCUGUUUCUCUCAUCUCUCCUAAAAUGCGGUUGUUGCGUGUGCUGGACCUAGAAGACACGACCGAUGUGAAGAAUGAAGACCUUAGGCACAUAGGAAAUCUUCAUCACCUAAGGUAUCUUUCUUUGAGAGGAAAAAAUAUUUCGAAGCUUCCAUCUUCGUUGCAAAACCUCCGGUACCUAGAAACACUAGACAUCCAAGGCACAAAAGUGACACAACUCCCUCCUGGAAUUGUAGAACUUGAGAAGCUACGCUAUAUACUAGCUGGUGUCAAGUUCUCGAAAGAUCUACUGCAGAAGGUGGAACAAGCAGAGAUGGAUAACCAGAAGACCACUCAGAUGGGAAACAUGGCAGCCUUUGUGUGCUGCAACCGUAGUGAGAUUUCCAACAAGUACCAACUGAGUGUAAAGGCCCCCAAAGGUAUCGAGAAGCUAAGAAACUUGCAUAUGUUGGGUGCAUUGAAUAUUGGUCGGCUCCAUGGUGUGGCAAGGAGGCUCGAGCACCUUACGGACCUGCAAAGGCUAGGAGUAACAGUCAUGGGUCUAUCUGAGAAAGGAAGUCAGGAGCUAUGCCACUCAAUAGGGAAGCUCGGUCGAUUGCAAAGGCUUGAAGUGCGAUCUCAUUCCCUUCGGUUUCUUGCAAAAAUGGAUGAAUCAACAACACCAAAGCAUCUAGCUUCAUUGAAGCUACUAGGAAAUCUAUGCUUGUUGCCCAAAUGGAUCGCUUCGCUCAAUGAUCUGACCAAGGUGAGGCUGCUAGGGACAAAGCUGGAGCAAGGACAAGUUGAUAUCCUAGGGAACUUGCGCAGUCUUGCUUUCCUUGGUUUGUGGGAGAAAUCCUACAUAGGGGAGUCAUUGUGUUUCUAUACAAGUAAAUUCCCAAAGCUCAAAUUCCUUGACAUUGACGGGCUACAAAAGAUUAAAAUGAUCGAAAUCAAGGUACACGCGAUGCCUGAGCUUGAGCAACUUUGGGUGCAAAACUGCAGAGCACUGAGUGACAGUGUUGAUGCCUUGUCUGGAGUGCCACAUCUGGUGAACUUGAAUGAGCUUCUUGUCAUGCAGUGCGGUGAGAAGGAAAAACUUAUAGAGACAUUGCAAUGGCAGAUCAGUCAAUGGCAGGUUAGUCUGCACAAGAAACGUCCCAAGUUCUUCAUAGGCAAGAUUAUUCUCCCUGCAAGCUCACAGCCAAGCACGGCAGCCGGGCAAUGAGAACUGAAGGCUUUUCAUGAUUGUUUAAGUUAUUUUCUGUCAAAUUUAUGUACAUUAUCGGUUUGUUUUGUUUCAUCUUGACCUAGAACUCCAAAGAGUGGUAAAUAACAUUCCAGUAAAUUAAG